UCCUCCUCCUCCUCCUCCUCCUCUCCCUUCGCCUUCUCCGCCUCCUCCUCCGCCUUCUCCUUCUCCGCCUUCCCCCCUCCGAUGCCGCAGGGCUGCGCAAACGCCUUUCCAAACGUGGCCUCAGCACAGGCUCCGUCAAGGCCUGGUGCACUGUCAUCGAGGAUCUCCCAGCCGUCGUCCUUUCCCUUUUGGUUUCCAUGUGGGGCGCGGAUGGAGCCUUCACCUACAACGGGAACUUCGGGGCAGUAGCCAUGGCGAACAUCGUCACGGCGGGCUUCUCUGCGCUGAUCACGUUGGCCGAGGCGUGGGAAGAGCGGCGCAACCUGUUCGUCAAUUACAAGGGCGAGGAGGUGAGCCUGAACGGCAAAUGUCUCGGCGACGCGGCGGUCGCAAGAGUUGCCGAGAAACUGUGCCAAAACACGACGGUGAAAGACGCUGGCCUUGCGUUAUAAUAACAUCAAGAACGCCGAAUGUCUGGGCAGGAUGCUGCGCCAGAACAGGACGCUGAAGAGUCUGGACAUUUCGAGUAACUGUAUCACGGACAUCGACCCCGUCACGGGAACCCUCACCGCAACCAACAACGUCCUCACCGGAACCCUCACCAUAAUCAACAACGUCCUCAAGAUUCUGAAAGUUCGUCAUAACCUGAUCAAGCGCAUCGAGAAAAGCGCCUGGAUGGAUGACCUGACCGAGGUGGACCUCGCGCGCAACGAGCUUGACAAGGACUCUGGCAAGGCAAUUGCGUACAUGCUGGUCAAGAGCAAAACACUGAAGAUUGUGCAAGUUUGGGGGAACCCUGGUAUUCGCUCCAGCAUCCCUGAGAUGAUGCAAGCCCUCCGCGACAACACGACGCUGAUCGAGCUGGGCAUACCCGUGCAUCAUGAAUCCGUCAUGCCGGUCGGGGAGAUGCUUGCCCAGAACAAGAUGUUGCAGUACCUUAAUUUAAAGCCCGAUCUGAAGGGCGAUUCGAUUGAUUGGAGGCCCAUCGUUGAUGACCUGCGUCGGAACCAGGACAGCAAGCUCAAAAAGUUGAUCAUGGAUGCGGAUGGUGUACGUCACUUGAAGACGCAGCUCGAGGCGGUUAAGAGCGACUUGCUUGUCGUCUGUGACAACUUCAAGAAUGAAUACCUCUGAGCGCGCGCAGCGGCGGCAGCGGCGGCAGCGGCAGCUCGAGGCUCGAGGAGGCCGCGCCCCGGCCGCGGGGCAGUCCGGCGGCGCUCUCGGAGGGUCGCGGGCGCCUCUGUGAGCCGAUUCGUCGCUUCGCCGCCUGCCCUGUCUCCCCCCCUGCCCUCCUCUUCCUCCUACACCUCAUCCUCCUCCUUCUCAUCUUUCGCUUCUCGUCGACCUGCGCCCGCGUGUCCGGGAUGCGCCCCGGGCGCGUUUUGAGAGCACGUUGCGUUUCUGGUCUUGAUGAGGCCCGCCGGGGGAGACCCCUCCAGCGUUGGGCGCCCAAGGUGCCGGACGUGCCCGCCUUUGGGCGCCGUGCUUCUCCAGGUCCACUCUCCCCCAACAGCUUCCCCAUUGGCGACGCUUCGCGUA